GACUGCUCUGUAAAAACGCGACUCCAACCAAAAACCCAGGGUUUUAUUCGUUCCUGGGGUUUGAAUCUCUCCCACUCCCAAAUCGAAAUCCCCAGAAACAAAAACCAGAGGCCGGAGAUCUCACCGGAGCUGUAGAAAUGGUGACGUCGGCGAUGGUCAACACCUAUCCACUGUCGAGCUACACGUUCGGGACCAAAGAGCCCAAGAUGGAGAAGGACACCUCCGUCGCAGAUCGCCUCGCUCGCAUGAAAGUCAACUAUAUGAAAGAGGGGAUGAGGACUAGCGUCGAAGCUAUUUUACUGGUGCAGGAACAUAAUCAUCCGCACAUACUUCUUCUGCAGAUUGGAAACACGUUCUGCAAACUUCCUGGUGGACGACUGAAGCCAGGAGAGAAUGAGAUCGAGGGGCUGAAAAGAAAGCUCACCAGCAAACUUGGUGCCAAUUCAGCAAACCUUGUCCCUGAUUGGCAGAUAGGAGAAUGCGUUGCUAUCUGGUGGAGGCCAAACUUUGAAACCAUAAUGUAUCCAUAUUGCCCUCCUCACAUAACAAAACCUAAGGAGUGUAAGAAGCUUUUUCUUGUUCACUUAUCUGAGAGGGAGUAUUUUGCUGUGCCCAAGAACCUAAAACUCCUUGCUGUUCCAUUGUUUGAACUCUAUGACAAUGUUCAGAGAUAUGGGCCUGUUAUAUCUACAAUUCCACAGCAGCUUUCCAGAUUCCAAUUCAACAUGAUCAGUUCAUGAACUGAGCAUGGAACUUAGAAACCCGGAUGGAACUUCCAAUAUAAUGACGAUCCUAUCUUUAUUAUCAUUGCAUGGACUGAUAGAGCUGAAGAUCUGGACAUUUUUUCGUUGCUUAACUUGAGUUGGUUAGUUUGGAAUUCAGCUAUCCAGAUGGCUGAAGCAUAACUUGUGAUAUGGUCUAUCUAUCUAUAUUGGUCAUUACGUUUAUUUGCUAAUGGGUUUGCAUUACUCUUGAAACUUUCUUUGAACUAUGUAUUCUGUGAUGUGCUAGUUCUUGUAGUUUUAGUCUUAACAGCAAGGAUACUGUUGUUUCUUCCUGGCAAGGAACAUUCCUUAAGUUUCUGUUAGAACUGGGGAGUGAUAUAGUUAGUUGUAAUAGUGUUAUUCCAAGAUUAUUGUGGUUAUAAUGUCGUAGCAGAACUUACUUGUGCUUCAGUGUAUUUGUAAUGUUGGGUAGGACAAGGAUGUAUGUAGGGUGUACGCGGCAGCUUGUAACAUUUUGCAUCUUGCAUUUCACAGCAUUCUCAUAGAUUUCAUCUUGAGAAGCUGUCUGACAUGUAUUGAUCUUUGUAGAAUUCGCCUUUGAUCAAAUGAAAGUUUUUCUAGGUGUUUUCUUUA